AUGGCAAUUAGUAAAAUGUGUGGAAAGUUUGAUACUUUUUGGAGAUUUUUUCCCGAUAAAUUGAAAGGAUCUGAAGAAUAUGAAUUUAAAAGUACAUUUUUUAAUGGGUACUGCCCUAAUAAUAAUUGUGAAAGUGAUAUCAAUAAGAUUACUGCUGGAUGCUUACGGUUAUUUAAUGAUAUGUUCGGCAAUUAUGGUUCUUCAUUUGAUUCUAAAACUUAUAAGGAUGAAACUGUAUGUAUUAUGAUAUGGUUAGGCCAUAUAUUAAGCCUAAAGUCACAUGAAGGAAUCACGAACUUAAUGGAUUUUUAUUCUAAGCAUAUAGAACAUAACACGGAAUACACUAAUCGUAAAGUUAAUGAUGAAAAAUAUGGCAGUUAUAAGAACGUCAUAGAUCAAGUAAAGGAAUAUAUAGAUAUUGAUAUUAGCCAUAUGCCUAAAUUUUAUGAAUUACUUAAAUUAUUAUGUGAUAUGAAUAAUUCUUAUACGAAUGAAAAUAAUAGCAAAUAUUCAGAACAUGUUAAUAAAUUUGCUGUUGAAUAUCAAAACCUUUUUGAUGAUGAUAAUAAUAUUGACAAUAAUUCAUACAAUAAAGUAUUACUUGUUUUAUCUAAAUAUUAUAAUAACUUUGAAAUUGGCAGAUCUUAUAAAAAUAUAUCAAUAGAUCGUCCAUCAUUACCAACACAAAAAACAGUCAAAAAGGUUAAUGUAGAAGGUUCUAAUGGAACUAAAACACCUGAAUCCUCGAUUAAAACAGACCAAUCAAAUCUUGUAACAACAACCACAAUUUCUAAUACUAUAUUACCAUACUCAUCACUAGUAAAUAAAUUAAUUCCAGUUUUAUCGAUAGUAGUUGCAAUAGCAUUUUUUUUUGGAAUUUCUUAUAAGUAUUCGUUAUUUGGAUUUCGAAAACGAUCUCAAAGGCAACAUUUAAGAGAAAAGCUAAAAAAAUAA